CCCAGGAUUACUUGCUCUUCUGCGAGAUCCUGCUGCAGCGGCCCAUCAACAUGGCGGAGCUGGCGCUCUCCAACGUGUUGACCCGGGAGGAGGAGGCCUACAUGCGCGACAUGGCCAAGCACCACUUCGACUGCAUCAUGCGGGUGCUGAGGGACCUGCCCCGCGCCAUGCUGCUCGUCUUCCGGAACAUCAACACCGUGCGGGGCAUCAACGUGGCACUGGGGGUGCCCGUGGACCGCUACUACAUCAUGGCCAGAAGGUGGGAGCCAGAAGCCGUGGCCUAGAGGCGGAGCUCUCGCCACACAAUCAGGAGGCUGUGAGUUCGAUCCUAGGCAGAGGCUAA